GGUCGAAACACCAAGUUAUCAUAACUCCUAUGUUCUUAUGUUUUUAUGCUCUAUGAGGUCCUCCCGUAAUGAUAAACUCUUCGGUGAGAUAUUAUCACCCUACUCUAAGGUAGCAAGUUGAUUUCGAACAUAGGUACAAUGGAGGUGAGAAGAGAUAUAUAAGAUUUGGACGUCGCCGUCCUUGAGACUUGUGAAGGCAGGAACUGCAGACGAGAACCAGAAACGACUUUGACCUGCUUCAUUCUCGCUCCACAACCUUAACUAUUUAGUCUUUUUGAGCUUACGACACUUCUCUCCUUCAAUACAUAGAAAAAGAAGCCAGCCAAAUCAUGGCGUCUAGCACAUCGCAUAUCCCGUUGACCGAGCCUUGUAUUUGGAUAAAAAUAAGUAUGCCAUAUGGAGUAGCCAGCUUAGGCUGCCCAUGGUGUUCCUCCAUGUGGUUCAAAAGACUUGGGGACUGCCAAAAUCAUUUGUUCAAAGUACAUGAUGGUAUGUUGCGUCAGGCGGGUAUCAAUUUGACGAUGCAGACGAAUACAUCCACCGCUAUCAAUCCUCCGCCCGGAAAUCCCACAUCUUUUCAACUUGGGAAUAUGGGCGUUACCCCGGGUCACAACUCUGACAAUUCGAUUCCCAUCUCUGGUUCUAGCAAGACUCCGGCGUUCCCUAUUAGCAACAACCCGUUUGCACUUCAAAGCCCUCAGUUCAAAGCCACCUUGCCGCCUCAGUUUUCACCUCAGCCUCGGUUCUCAUCCCAGAUUCAGCAGUCCAUUCCGGCUCCGCGAUCCACAUCCAUUCACACAUCUGGUCCACCUCCGCCGUCCUAUUGUGCCCCGAGCCAGGGCCCACCUCCAAACGGAGCCUUCCAGCCCAAUAACCGUGUCACGUCCACCGUGAACGCAGGUAUUCCCCCACCUUUUACGCCUCCGCUCCCUUCCAAUAAUCAACAGGGGAAUGCAACUAUACUGGACUCGUUCGACCCCAAUCAGUGGCUGUCGGAAUUCCAGAUGAGACCUCUGGAAUAAAGGACACUUUCGGUUAGCCAGCCGUAGGCUUCCGUAGCUGGCUGGCUUAGAGUUCCUCGCUAAACAACGAAGUUGUAUCCCUGCUUCUUGACCCACCU